UAUUAUUGAAUAAACAUUGUAAAGUAUCAACACUUUCUCCUCUUCAAUAAUUUCCUAAAGUCACCACAACUUUUUCUUUUCAAAUUGUGUUGUAAAAAUGGGUCUAAAGUCUGUGUUGUGUGCCCAAAUAGAAGUGAAAGCUAAUAAGGAUGUUUUUCAUGAUGUUUUUACACAUAAGCCACACCACAUCUCUACUAUGUGCCCUUUGCAUAUACAAGGUUGUGAGCUUAUUGAUGGUGUCUUUGGAACUGUUGGCUCCAAACUUUUCUGGACGUAUAACCUUGAAGGGAAAAAAAAGAUUUCCAAGCAGAUAAUUGAAGGUAUAGAUGAGGGGAAAAAGGUGAUCACAUUCAAAGAAUUUGAAGGAGAUUUAGUGGAUAAAUAUGAUAGCUGGAAAGCAACUCUUCAUAUUGAGCAAAAAGGUGAAAUCGAUUUGGUAUGCUGGACAAUGGAGUAUGAAAGGCCAAAUGAGAAUGCUCCUGAACUAAUAAAUUUGCUGGACUUCAUUAUUGGUAUGACCAAAGCUAUUGAUGAUCACCAUGUUAAGAGGAAUUAAUGGGAUGUAUGUGUGUGUGCUUGAAAUAAAUACCUCAUGUUGUGUUGUUUCAGCAGAUGGUAUGAAAUAAUCCAUGUUGGAUGUUUAAGUUCUUUUUUGGUUUUUACUUUAGGGAUUGAUGUUCGUUGUGUCUUCCCAUGUAAACCAUAAGUUAUCAGCUAUCUUUGUGUUGUGUAAUAAGACAUGUGUAUGAAGUUUA